CUCUCCUUCCCUCUCUUCCCUAACCACAUCGCUCACCACCCUCACCUCCUUUCCCUCCCACCAUCUUACCCUUCCCUUUUUUCCCCCUAAUCUACAACCAUCCCACCGUUCUGUCUGCCCUCCACUCCUCCACCUCUCUCCCUCCCAGCCAGUUCAGCCUGGUUGACACCCAGCAGGUGAGGGCAGCGGAGGUGGAGCUGGCUGCCCAGGCGCUCCGAGACACUCUGAAAGAGAAAGAGAAAGAGCUAGAAGGAACUAUGAGAGAGAUGAGGAAGCAACAGGCAGAGGGACACAGACUGACCAUCAGAGAGAAUGUGGAUCUGAUCCGUAUGCAAAAGCAGCUUUCAGACAAGAGCACCACCCUGAGAAUCACCCAGGAGAAACUAAAAGACCUGCAAGAGGCAUAUGAGAAACAGCUAGAAGAGAAUCAGAGGUCACUGAAGAAAAGCCAGGGAGCUCUGCUGGAGAAGGUGGAGGAGCUGAGUGAACAGCUAAAGCAGGAGAGACAGAGAGCGCUGACAUUGGAGGGACAGCUUACGAGCACCACCCCUGAACACACCUAG